AUGCCACUUUGGUCGACUGAAAAAGAUGGUUUUAAACUUUUAAUGAAAACAGUGGCACCGAAGUAUAAAAUCCCAUCUAGGAAGACCAUCACCAAACUAAUAAGUUCAAAGUAUGAUGUACUAUACACUCAAAUAAAAAAUAAACUAUCGUUAGUGGAAAAUAUCGCCUUAACGACAGAUAUUUGGACAGACACCAUCAAUACAAAACGUUAUCUUGGCAUGACCGGACACUUUCUAAGUCUAUCCAAAUUACAGUUGGAAAGUGUCACAUUAGGUGUUCUUGAACUACAAGAACGCCAUACAUCAGAAAAUAUCAUUGGGUGGCUUAACAAUCUGCUUGUUAAAUGGGGUAUUGAAAAAAAUCAAAUAAUUCUUGUUGUAACUGAUAAUGGCGCUAACAUAAAAAAUGCUGUGUACAAUUUCUUCGGCAAGGCCAAACAUUUACCUUGCUUUGCUCAUACAUUAAACCUAGUGGUUCAAAAUGCUUUAGAUGACACCAAUGACAUUGCCAAUUUAAUUAAUGAAAUAAAACGUUUGGUAACUUUUUUUAAGCAUUCCGUGGCUGCAACCGAUGAAUUUAAUAAAAUUUCUAAAUUAAAAUUAAAACAAAGCAUUCCUACGCGAUGGAAUUCCAUAUAUUAUAUGUUACAAAGAUUCAUUAUUUGUUCAGACAACAUAGCAUCCACUAUAGUUAAAUUCCAUAGUAGUCCACCUAUGAUUUCUGGUACCCAGUUAUUCAUUGCUAAAGAAAUAAUGUUUCUACUCAAACCUUUUGAAGCUGCAACAAAAGAACUAUGUGGCCAAAACUAUGUGACGGCUAGUAAAGUAAUCCCAUUACUUCAUUGCCUAAUAAAAAAAAAUGAACCAAUUGAAAUUAAAAAUGUUAUUUCUCUAGAUUUUAAGAACAAUUUACUUAAAAAUUUAAAUACCCGGUUUGGUAGGGUCGAGUAUUUGGAAAUUUUUUCUAUAGCUACUAUUCUAGUUCCCCGAUUCAAAACACUUCAUUCGAAUGAUCCUAUUGCUUCUUCAAAAGCCAUUGGCACUAUUAAAAAUAAAAUAAUAGAUAUCAGAACUGAAUGCAGUGAGAGCAGUUCUUCUAACGCAGGCAAUUCAUCAGAUGAUGAAAAUCCAGAUAACUUAUGGUCAGUUCAUAAGGAGCUGGGCUCUAAAAAAGCUGUCAAUGAACCUAUGUAUUCAAAUGAAAUGCCUACUGAUUUAAAGCACUAUUUAAAUCAGCCAACUUUGUCAUUAGGUGAUGAUAUUUUAACAUUUUGGGAUACCCAUGGGCCAAUUUAUCCUAAACUUAAAAAAGUUGUAGAGCCAUACCUAGCGAUGGUAGCUACUUCAGUACCAUCAGAGCGUUUGUUUUCGAAAGCUGGACAGAUAGUAACGGAUAGUAGCAACCGAUUGACAGGUAAAAAUUUUAACCAACUUAUGUUUCUUGGGUCUCUUUCUGAAAAGGAUUGGCAUUUAGAUUUAAUAUAA